AUGAGAAAAUCAUCUGGCAUCGAUCAUGCAGACACUCUUUUCAGUGCCUGGAGUCUUGCCGUCUGCCUCCUUAGAACGAAGCGUAAACUUCCAGAGCCAGAAACCCUAUGUCGCAGAACGAUCGUCCUUCGAGAAGCAACAGUCGGUAAGACACAUAAACAGACGCUGCUUAUGUUGCAGCUACUGGCAUUCGCCCUCAAUUUACAAGGCAGAACGGCGGAGAAUACCACACAGUUGCAAGACCUAGAGGCAAGGCUCGAGGAGAACGGCCAAGAGACUCAGCUCCAUGGCGUGAUCCUACAAGACUUAAUGAAUGCGACCAACAGUUCUAAACACUACGUCAAAGUGCAGUCAUACGGAUACAAGUACCUGCAUUUGCGAGAACAGACUCGCGGCAAAGACAGCCUGGAAGUAGCCAACGUGUUAUUUUAA